CUCGCCAAGGAUUGACGCUGAGAAUUUAGGACAGCUAAAAGCUCCGUCAACCUGUUGGUCUGUGCAUCGUUUUCAAAACUUCGAAGGUAUUGUGUAUGCUCUGACAAACCUAGAAACACAUACAGGGACAGUGCAUUCGGACAGAGCGGUCCUUUUUAAGCUCGGCACAACACAGGAAGUCUCCUUCCAGAUCUUUCUCAAGGGGAAACUGGUGUCUGAGGGAGCUGUGACGACGAUAAAGCAAGCUGAAGAGGCUCUACUUCGUGCCGAAUGUUUAAUUACGUGUCCUGGUGCCAUGUCCGCGUCCGCAAUUUUCACAGACGAUAUGACAAAAUCGCUUCUGAAUAAGACAGACGUCAAGGAGGGAACCAUAUACAACAAAAAAUGCGUGGCCACAACAACAACAGAAGGUAUGCCUUGCCUGUCCUGCCGCUACCUCCGAAAAGCUCUCCUGACAAGAAUCUCCUGGCUAAAGUGCCAUCGUCGCAAGAAGAUCAGGACAGCUACCCAGAAGUUAAGGUCGACUCUACAAAAACACCGGCGCCUCUCUAGAAAGGUGGUGAGCCUAAAAGCGCAAAUUGAAAACAUGAGAGUCCAGAAUGCUGCUAUGGAAGAGGAGGCACUGAAAGCGAAAAUUUCCAAGUUGCCACUAAAGCAACAAGAGAGUGUACGACACUGUUUUGCUGCAUCGAGAAGAAAGAGCACCAACGGGAUGCAUUUCACAAAUGAAUGGAUGCUCGAAUGCAUCAUGAUGAGAAUGAAAAGUCCGAAGCUUUACAGACACAUCCGAAUGCACAACAUCCUUGUCCUCCCAGGUGACACCACACUCCGAAAAUACACUGCCUCAUAUAGGAGUGGGUUUGGCUUCAACAAGAAAGUCCUAGAAACAUUGAAGCUGAAAACAAGCACAAUGGACGAGUUCAGCCGUCAUGGUGGCAUUCUAAUUGAUGAGCUAAAGCUCUCAGAACAUCUCUCCGUUCAAAAAUGUGGGCGUCUGCAAGGUUUUGUGGACAUUGGUCCAUUUACACAGCCCGAAGAUGCACACCUUCCGUGUGACCAUGGAAUGGUAGUUAUGUUCGUACCAUUUGCUGGAAAAUGCUCUCAAAUUUUAGCCGUGUUUGCUUCGCAUGCAAAUGUAAAAGGUGAACUGCUCUGCAAAAUAUUGGUUGAAGCCACAAUCUUGGCAGAACAGGCAGGACUGUUCGUGGACUUCAUCACUUGUGAUGGGGCGUCGUGGAAUAGGAGAAUGUGGACACUGAUGGGUAUUCAGGGAACUGCAAGCAGAACUGUCUGCAAGGUGAAGCACCCCGUCGAUAAAAAGAGGAGUCUCCAUUUUCUCUCAGACUUCCCUCACCUAAUCAAGUGCCUCCGCAAUUGCCUCCUGAAAGGCGGCUUUGACACACCAAGUGGCCGGGUGUCCAUGUACUUCGUCCGCGAAGCAUUCAACCUUGACAAAGAGAACGUCACUCUGAAGGCAAUGCCGAAGUUGACGACCAGUCACCUCAAUCCUAACGGUUUUGAGAAAAUGCGAGUUUCACUCGCUUUUCAACUUUUCGGGGACUCGGUUCUACGUGGCCUGCAGCAUUACAAAAGCCAACUUGAAGCAAGUUAUGGAAAGGGCGCUAUUGAUGCAACGGAGUCAUUUUUUAGGAUGAUGAAUCGCCUCAUUAAAGCCAUGACUUCUCGUUUCAAGUCUGAAGCCCUUUGGCCCGACUCGGAUGGUGCUGCUGUGCUUUCCGGUUUCCUUGACUACAUCUCCAAGUGGGAGCAGCACACCAACAAAGGCAAUGGAUUCUUGAGCAAGCCAACAGCUACAGGCCUGAGGGUUACGAUUUCCAGCGUGCUUUCUUUGCUAAAUUAUGUAACCAAAGACCUUGGCUACCAAUACCUAAUGACUUCGAGGCUCAGCCAAGACCCUAUUGAGAACUUGUUCGGUGUGGUACGUCAGUCAUCAGGGUGCAAUGAUCACCCGACCCCUGAACAGUUCCUAAUUACUGUGAACUGCUUGAGCUUCUAUAGCUUGGCUAAGCCAGUACAUGGUACAAGCGUUGAGCCAGUGGUACUGACAUCACUUCUUGACACAACAGACUUGCGCACUGCUCAGGCAACAAGUAUGCUUGAAGCAAUAGAUGAACACAUUUCCGAAGGGAAUCUUGCUAGUGUUGAGAGUGCUGCACAACAGUGCCUUCCCGCAGAGCAUCUGAGCCUUGUAAAAAAAUCCAGCGACGCCCGCUUAGUGUAUUACAUGGCAGGUGGUCUGAACAGCGUUCCUGUGGCCCUGGUUCCAACCAAUGGGGAAUCCAUUCGCAUGAAAAACCCGAGAAUAAUUCAGGAAGAGCUCCGGAAAAUAACUGAUCAUUUCCAACUGAUCACCGAGGUGCGUCAGUUUGGACGUGGUGGCAUUCUGUGCUGCUCGCCGGACCAGGCCUGCAUCACAGAUCUUCUGAAAUGCACAACGUUUGCCUCUCAUCCGGUUGUGAGAUACGGUGUGGAUGUAGGGCACUACUGCGAGCUUUUUCCUUCGAGUACGCUGAUCGCAACCGCAGCCUGCAAAGCUAGAGUGCUAGGCUUCUGCAUCCGACACAAGGUUCUGCCUCCAGAGAUUGUGGCCUUAUUCGGCUAUUGCCUACCUUCAGUGAACCAUGGGGUUCGCAUUUGUAAGGUAAUGCGCUCUGAAUGGCAGAGGCAGGUACGGCUGUACAGAGACCAACUGAGGCAUCUUCUUGGACCGUCUUCAAGCCCCCACACUCGGCGGGAGUUCUCCAGGCUUACUAGCAGCUCAACCGAGUUCCUCUGGCAGCAGUUGUCGGUCCCUUUAAGAAACCAGGUGCAGAAGUCUCCGGUUCCAACGAAUCCCAUUCACGUCGUGGGUGACGUGACACUGCCGGAACAUGUGCAACGCGUCCUCGGGUGUGGACCCAAGUUCGCCGUCGAACCUCAGAAGUCGCGUCCUGAACUGCUCUCCAUGGUCAGGCAAGUGUCCAAGGAAGUUCCCGAAGCCGAGUUUGACAGGAGCAUAUCUGAAGGCUUGGAUGGGUCGCUAGAACCCUGA